AUGGCCACCGCCACGAGGCCUCCCCCGGCCGACACCCGCACCCUCGCCCGGUCGGGCGGCAUGGCCGCACGCGCUCCCAUCUACCUGGACUACAACGCCACCACACCCAUCAGCCGCGAAGUUGCCGACGUCAUGCGGCCCUUCCUGGACCACUUCUUUGGCAAUCCCUCCAGUGGUCAUCUAUUUGGCGCCUCCACCAAGAAGGCAGUGGAAGCUGCCCGCCUGCAGGUGGCGGAGGCGUUGGGCUGUGGCGUCGACGAAAUCGUCUUCACGUCGGGUGGCACCGAGUCGAACAACUACGCCAUCAAGGGCUAUGCGCUGCAGCACAAGCACAAGGGACGGCACAUCAUCACCUCGGCCGUGGAGCAUCCCGCCGUGGAGGAGGUCGUCAAGUACUUGGAGCGGGAGGAGGACUUUUAUGUGACGCGCCUGCCCGUCAACGAAGAGGGCCUCGUGUCCCUCCAGGAUCUCGAGGAGGCCAUCCGUGCCGACACCAUCCUCGUGACGAUCAUGCACGCCAACAACGAGGUGGGUACCCUCAUGCCCAUCAAGGAAAUUGUCGACAUCGUGCGCCAGAAGGCCGGCGCCCGAAUUGCGGUGCACACGGAUGCGGCGCAGAGCAUCGGCAAGGUGCGGGUGCGAGUGGACGAGAUGGGAGUCGACAUGCUGUCCGUGUGCGCACACAAGCUCUACGCACCCAAAGGCACGCGCACGGCCCUUCUCCCCUCCAAUCCGUCGGUGGCUGCCAGGGUGCAGGUCACCUGUCACCUAACGUGGCGCCGCCUACCGUCGCGCGUGUUGCCAGGCGUGGGCGCACUCUAUGUGCGGCGCGGGGUGGAGCUGAAGAAGCUCAUGCACGGCGCCGAUCACGAAGCGGGCCGGCGGCCUGGCACCGAGAACACGCUGCUGGUUCCCGGCCUCGGGAUGGCGUGCACGAUUUGCGCGCGUGAUCUAAACAGGAAUAGCCAGCACAUGAAGGAGCUGCGCGACCGCCUCCAAGCGAACCUCACCGAGGCCUGCAAGGCUCUCGGCCUGGAAACGCGGGUCAAUGGCCCCAAGGACGACUCCAAGCGCCUGCCCAACACACUUAGCAUUUCAUUCAGGGGCAUCGAGGCCAAUGCGCUCCUGUCUGAGAUCCACGCCCAGGUGGCGGCAUCGGCAGGCGCGGCGUGCCACAGCGAGAGCAUCACAGUGUCGCCCGUGCUAACGGCCAUGCGCGUACCCAUGGAGUAA